AUGAGCACGUCAGAUCGCUUGUACCUGGAGGACGCCUGCCCUACCUUGCAAAGACUUCUGCAAAGUUUGGUCGAAGAGCCGGGCACGAAGCUGGAUGACAGCGACUUCCUGGACUUCGAGGUGGCCUUCUCAACGGCGAUGGAGGGAGAGACCUUGAAACUCAAGGUUACCUACGAGUUCCUGGCCAACGUCCUGGAGCACGGGUCCAAGGAGCUCUUGGAGCAAGUCUGGGCUGAUCUUCCACUGCGCUUUGCCCCUGUCUCCGGUUCGGAGCUUGAAGUGGUCCUGAACACAGCUGCCCUGGCGGAGAACCAGGACCUGGCAAGGCGCUGCGUGCAGCAGGUCGCCACCACCAGGAUCUGGCUGUUAGUCGGACCUUUGGUGGCGCCUUUACGCUGGCUGCGCGAAGCCGUGGCGACUGGCGACAAGGCUGCCGCAGCUGCGCCACAGAAUGCCCAGCAAGCACGCAAGGACGCCAUGGGACAGCCGCCUGCGCCGAUCGUCUUGCACGUGCGGCAGCAAGAGACCUGCUGCAUUGUACCCAAGGAGGAUCGUAUUCUGGUGAUCUUGUCCAUCCACUUGGAGGACGAUGUCGAUGUGGCCUUAGGUAGAGCAUUUUGUCAGGAAUUUGCAGAGACCAACCGCAAGGGCAACGAGUUCUCCCUACCCGGUCCCCGAUUGUCGGUCCACUGCCCUGGCGAAAUGAAGCGCAUCGCAGUGCUCUCGGUAGCAUACCUGCUGGGUGCCGCGGCAAGCGAUGCUGCGCCAAAACAGUACCCAGUAACGAAGGUUGUCAACUUGCUCAAGGAUAUGCAGAAGAAGCUCGAGGAAGAAGCAGAAAAGGACGAGGAGGUUGACGAGAAGAUGAAGUGCUGGUGCAAGGAGAUGCAGCAGUCGAAAGCAGAGAGCAUCACCAAGAUGCAGUCAGAGAUGGCCAACCUUGGUGGCCAGAUCGACACAUCCGCAGCCGACAGCCUGCGCCUGGUGUCGGAGCUGAAGGGUCACGAGGAAGACCUGGCCUCCAGCCAGACUUCCCUGGGUGCGGCCGAAGCCCAGCGAAAGAAGCAGCUGGCAAGCUACGAGGACGAAGUGAAGGAGAUGGAGGAGUCGCUUACUGGAGUGAGCGGUGCUUUGCACACUCUGAAAAACAAAGCUUCCUUCCUCUCAACCUCGGCAUCGGCUGCGAAGCAGGAUGCAUUGGAGCUGGUGAAGAAGCUCCAACGGAAGCAUUCCAACAUCUUGAUGGGUGUGGUGACGCCCCGGCAGAGGAAGCUGAUGCUCGCGAUGACCUCGAAGCGCCUCGACGUCGAUGCUGCGGUGGAGGGCAGCCCGGCGACAGGAGAAGUGGUCGGCGUGCUGUCGUCCAUGAAGGACACCUUCGAGCAGAAUCUGAACCGAACGCGGGCAGAGGAGGCAGAGAGCACGGAGACGUUCCAGGCUCUGCACAAGGCGAAGGAGACUGAGAUCCACGCCACUGAGGAGGCCAUCGUGUCCAAAAAGUCUCAGAAAGCCGAAGCAGACAAGAAAAAGGCUUGGGCAGCCGAGACCCUGCAGGAUGCAAAGGCCAGCCUCCUCUCCGACCAGCAGUUCCUCCAGGAUGCCAAGGAGAAGUGUGCGGCUCACGAAGCGGAGUAUGCGGAGCGUGUGGCUGCGCGCAACGAAGAGAUCACUGGCUGCUCGAAGGCCAUAGCCAUGCUCAGCGAUGACUCCGCCCGAGACACAUUCAGCCGAACUUUCAAUGCUGGCGCCAUGUUCCUCCAAGUGGACACCAGCAAAGAGCACCGCGUGGCUGCGAGCGAGACCCUGACGGAGGCAGCCGCCAAAUUGCACGACUCCCGGCUCGCGGCACUGGCGAGGAUGGUGCGCACCGACUCGCUGGAUGCGGUCAAGAAGGAAAUCGACAAGCUGACAUCCCAGCUGAAAGAAGUGCAGAAGGAGGAGGUGAAGGGCAAGGACUCCUGCGUCCAGCGCCUUCACGAGAACACUCUCGAUACCGAGCAGUCGACGCUUGCCAAGACUCAAAGCGGCAGCAAGCUGACAGGUCUUCAGGACCUGGUCGCAACGAGCGAGGCCUCGGCCAAGACGCUGUCGAUGGAGAUCGAGGACCUGAAGUCCGAGCUAAAGACGGCCAAGAGCGACAUGGAGCUGAGGCAAAACGAGUCCCAUGCCAUGAUCGAGGACCAGGUCAGAACGCAGAGGCUUUUAACUCGUGCAGCAGACGUGUUGCACGGGGUGUACGGCGCCAGCCUGCUGCAGGAGAAACCCGAAGGGUUCAAAGACUACCAGCGCCAAAGCGGCUCCGUGGGCAUCAUUUCCAUGCUCCACCAGAUCAUUGGCGACGCCAAGAUCAUGGAGACAAAGGCGAGGGCAGACCUGAAUGCAUCCCUAGCUGACUACGAGCGCUUCAAGGCGGAUGCGACGUCUGCUAUUGCCAAGAAGGAGCAGAGUUUGGUGGACCUCGCCGUGCAGAAGUCCGAGGCGAAGUCCGAUGCGCUUGAAAUGAAGAAGGAGGUCAAGAGGCUCAGUCAGGAGUUGGAUGACCUCUCAGCGACAAAGUCUGCACUGAAAGAGGAGUGCGAAUUCCUCGUCACCAACUUCGAGCUGCGACAGGAUGCUCGCUCCCAGGAAAUUGAAGCUCUACACACGGCGAAAGCUGUGCUGAGUGGCAUGAAGACUGAUGGUGAAAUCGCAUAA